UGGCAGUAGAGAGAGCCACGGAAGGCCCAGAGAGCAGUCAGCAAGGCGGCUGUUCUGGCGGGAUCUGGAGCUUGUUCUGAGGCGACCCACAGGAUGUGUGCCGACGCUGCAGCUCUGUGGGCUUGAGGGCCGCAGUUCUCGUCCACCGUGGUGGAACUCGAUCCGAUGGCGUCCUUUCGUUCGAAGGGCUGGCAGGUGAAAAUCGCCAAGCAGUCUGGUGUGGAGGUCGCACUGGCCGUCAUCAGCGCAGCCGAUGCCAUCGUGGGCAAGUACAAGCUGGCUGUGAACGAGUACAAAGCUGGCAUCUUCUACCUUCUCUUCAACCCGUGGUGCUCAGAUGACAGCGUUUUCAUGCCUAGUGAGGAGGAUCGGGCAGAGUACAUCCUAAAUGACACCGGCUACAUUUACAUGGGUUUUGCCAAACAAAUUAAAGAGAAGCCCUGGACCUUUGGUCAGUUUGAGAAGCACAUCCUGAGCUGCUGCUUCUCCUUGCUGACCAACCUGGAGCCCAGUGAGCUGCAGAGCCCGGUGUCUGUGUCCAGGAGCAUAUGCACUAUGAUGUGCGCUGUGAACAAUGGCGUGCUGGUGGGGAACUGGUCGGGAGACUACUCCAGGGGCACAGCGCCGCACCUGUGGACCAGCAGCGUGCCCAUCCUGCAGCAGCACUACGUCACCAAGAUGCCCGUGUGCUUUGGCCAGUGCUGGGUCUUCUCCGGAAUCCUGACCACAGCACUGAGAGCAGUGGGCAUCCCAGCUCGCAGCGUGACUAACUUUGAGUCAGCCCACGACACAGAAAAGAAUCUCACAGUGGACAUCUACCUGGACGAUACGGGCAAGACGAUUGAGCACCUCACCAAAGACUCUGUCUGGAACUUCCACGUGUGGACCGACGCCUGGAUGAAACGGCAGGAUCUACCCCAGGGCUACAGUGGCUGGCAGGUCCUGGAUGCUACACCACAGGAAAUCAGCGAGGGAGGCUUCCGCACUGGACCUUCUUCAGUGGCCGCCAUCCGACAGGGAGAGGUCCACAUCAAGUAUGACACCAAAUUUGUCUUCACGGAGGUGAACGGUGACAAGUUCAUCUGGCUGGUGCAGCAGAACCAGGGGAGGGAAAAUAAGAACCUUAUUGCCGUGGAGACUGCGAGCAUCGGCAAGAACAUCAGCACCAAGAUGGUGGGCGAGAACAAACGUGAAGACAUCACCUUGCAGUACAAGUUCCCAGAAGGCUCCCCAGAGGAGAGAAAGGCCAUGGAAAGGGCCUCUGGGAACCGUCCCGAUGAGGACAAGCCCAGCCACUCGCCCAACAGCUUCCUUCAGCUAGCCAUCCUCCAGAACUCUGUGGAGCUAGGCUAUCCUAUCACCUUGACCCUCGUUUUGAGAAGGAAAGUGCCCAACCCACAGAAUGUCAGCAUUUCCUGCUCCCUCGACCUACAGACAUACACAGGCAGCAAGAAGACAAACCUGGGAAUCAUCCAGAAGACUGUUCAGCUCCAAGGUCAAGAAUCAGAGGUGGUUCUCAGGAUGGAAGCCGACUCAUACAUCUAUAAACUGGGCCUCGUUGAUGAUGAGGUGGUCAUCAAAGGGUUCGUGAUCGUAGAGGUCAUGGAAACUGGUGACAGGGUGGCCACCGACGCAACCCUGUGUUUCCUGUACCCUGCUUUCUCUAUAGAGAUGCCGAGCACAGGCAAGAUCCAUGAGCCUCUUCUCAUCACUUGUACCUUCAAGAACACCCUGCCCAUCCCUCUGACUAACAUCAAGUUCUCAGUGGAAAGCCUGGGCCUUGCUAACAUGAACUCCUGGGACCAGGGGACUUUGCCCCCUGGAAAGACCAUCAAUUUCCAAAUGAAAUGCAACCCAGUGAAAACUGGACCCAGGAAAUUUAUUGUCAAGUUCACUUCCAGACAAGUGAAGGAGGUUCAUUCUGAGAAGAUCGUUCUCAUCACCAAGUAGCCAAUUUGAUACCAUGGUGACGGAGGCAGGAGCCCUGAUUGGCUCUGCGCCUUGGCUACGCAUGUAGCCAAGUUCCCUAAGCUGAACUUAGCUUCCAGGUCAGGGAUGAUUGCAUUUGAUUACUCACGUGAGGGCAGAUUCAAGAUAGGGAAAAAUAGACCCCAAAGGCCAAGGUUACCACUGGCAGCAUGGGGCCAGGCACCUCCCUCCAGCUUGAAGCAUCCAUCACAAGCAGACAUCUCGAACAGAUUUAGGAGGGAUGGCCUCAGAAGACAAUGCCACUGUCAUCUGGGUCCAGAACCAUACAGAGCCCAGAGCUGCAGGCAUCUUCUUUCUGGACUAUAGAGCCCAUGGAGUCCAGGGUGCCUGGAGGCUGACUAGGAAGCCCUGUACGGAAGCCUCCUGGAGCUGGUCCUGGGCCAGGCACUACAUGUUCUUCUCCCAGGGCUCUGUCCUCUCAGAAGCAGGCCCCACGCUGGCGUGAGGCCCUCUUGUCUCUUGGUGGCCAUGGGAGAGAGACCCACAAGCCUGUAUCCCCCUCCUCUGAGUGGGAGUCUACUGCCAAUGACAAUACUGGGGAAGUAGCCAACCCUGCCCUGCUCUGCUCUCAAGGGAUUUGCUCAGAUGAUCACUACACUUUGAAUUAAA